GGACCAUUUACCUUCCCGUCAUUUUCUGCCAGCGCUUCCAAGCAGCAGCAGCAUGCUUCCGCCGAGCUUCAACGCCCAUGAUGGCUUCCUCGUGCCCGGGAGCUACGACAUUGCCAACCUGCUCUCGGGGCGGUCGCUCAAGGCGCGGCCCCAUGACGUCUUUGUCUGCUCGUACCCGGACUGCGGCAACGACUACGUGCUCCGGAUCGUGUAUGGCAUCUUGCACAACGACGUGGCGCCGAUACCGCCGCCCGAGACCGUCGUGCCGCACCUCGAGCGCGUGGGGAAGGAGGUCGCCGAGCGCAUGACGGCGAAGGACCACGCGCGCCUCUUCAAGACGCAUUUGCCGAGCAAGUGGACGCCGGCCCACGACGCUGCUAAGUACAUUUGCGUCGGGCGAAAUCCCAAAGAUACGUCCGUGGCCCACUACUACCGCACGCGCGAGUACGUCGAGGGCUACCACUACGAGAACGGGCAAUGGGAUGACUACUUUGAGCUCUUCCUCGCGGGCCAGGUCGACUUUGGCGACUACUUCGACUUUUUCGUGCCCUGGUUCCAGCGCAAGGACGAAGACAACGUGCUCUUCCUGACGUACGAGUACCUUGCGGACGAGACGCGCGACGCGAUCUUGCGCAUUGCGCGCUUCCUCGGCGACGACUAUGAAGAUCGGCUCUUGGAGCACCGCGAGGAGCGGCUCCAUGUCAUUGUCGACGCGCUCGAGAACGUCAAGGCGCCGCUGAUCCAGCUCGGCGACUGGAAAACGCUCUACUCGGCCGACCAAAGCGAGCGCAUGCUCGACAAGUUCCACGAGAAGACCAAGGGUACCGGCGCCCAGCACAUGUGGGCCGACCUCAUGUAAGCGGCCGCCUCUACCUUCUCCUCCUUCUCGUCUUCUUGUCGUACGCAUCGAGGAUUGAUGGCGUCUAGUAGGAAUACGCAGGAGUGAGCAUCGCGAGAUGCGUAGUUGGUCGUUGUGCUAACCGAGGCUAGUCGACUCUUGAUGCGUCUACUCGUGUUGCUA